AUGCUGAUGCCUAAGAAGAACCGGAUUGCCAUUUAUGAACUCCUUUUUAAGGAGGGAGUCAUGGUGGCCAAGAAGGAUGUCCACAUGCCUAAGCACCCGGAGCUGGCAGACAAGAAUAUGCCCAACCUUCAUAUCACGAAGGCCAUGCAGUCUCUCAAGUCCUGAGGCUACGUGAAGGAACAGUUUGCCUGGAGACAUUUCUACUGGUACCUUACCAAUGAGGGUAUCCAGUAUCUCCGUGAUUACCUUCAUCUGCCCCCAGAGAUUGUUCCUGCCACCCUACAUCUGCCCCCCGAGAUUGUUCCUGCCACCCUACACCACAGCCGACCAGAGAGUGGCAGGCCUCGGCCUCAAGGUCUGGAGGGUAAGCAACCUGCAAGACUCACAAGAGGGGAAGCCGACAGAGAUACCUACAGACAGUGUUCUGUGCCCCCUGGUGCCGACAAGAAAGCCGAGGCUGGGGCUGGGUCAGCAACCGAAUUCCAGUUUAGCGGCAGAUGUGGUCGUGGACGUGGUCAGCCACCUCAGUAA